GGCGCCGGAGCCGCGCCACCGCCGCCGCCGCCGCCGCCGCCAUCAUGUCCCGCUCCAACCGGCAGCGCCAGUACCAGUGCGGGGACCUGGUCUUCGCCAAGAUGAAGGGCUACCCGCACUGGCCCGCACGGAUUGACGAGAUGCCGGAAUCGGCCGUGAAGUCGGCCUCCAACAAAUACCAGGUCUUUUUCUUCGGGACUCAUGAGACAGCAUUCCUGGGCCCCAAGGACCUCUCCCCCUACGAGGAGGGCAAGGCAAAGUUCGGCAAGCCCAGCAAGCGGAAGGGGUUCAGCGAAGGCCUGUGGGAGAUCGAGAACAACCCGGCGGUCAAGGCCUCAGGCUACCAGCCUACCCCGAAGAAAAGCUCCCGGGGGGCGGCAGAGGAACCUGAAGCCCAGCGGGAGCCAGAAGGCCCCGAAGAGAAGAAGGGCAGCCCGGAAGGCAGCAGCGACGAGGAGGGCGCCCUGGUGAUCGACGAGCAGUCCAAGGAGAAGAACGAGAAGGCAGGCGGCCGCAAGAGGAAAGCUGAGGAGGAGGAGGCGGGGGCCCGGGAGGAGGUAACUUGCGGGGGGGAGAGGGGGCGUGGCUCCUCCCCAAAGCGUGCCAAGGAAACGGAGGAUGAGGAUGCAGUGGAGAAGACGGAAAGCGAAGACGCCCCGAAGGAGGCCGAGAAGCAAAAGAGCGGCCUCCCCGAAGGGGGCCAGGUUCAGAACAGUGACCCCUCUGACGUGCCAGGGGCAAAGGAAGGGGGGAAGGAGAACGCCGCCGAGGAGGAGGAGGAGAUCAGAGAUCACCAGGAGAGGCUCAACUACGAGCAGGAUGCCCGGCCGCCUGAGAGUAAAGAGAAGGACGUGGAGACGCCCCCAGAAGGUGAGACACAGGCUGGGCUGGGAACCCCCUUCCCAACCGUCCACCCCGGGCAAAUGCUGGGGAAGCCCCCACCCCACACACCCCAGGAGGAGCAAGAGAAAGGCCGGCUCAGCUGCCCCUCCCCCCUGUGCCGCCACCUGCAUUGGAGCCCCCUCCAUCCCAGGAGCGGCAGAGGGGGCAGCAGUCUCCGUUCUUCUGGCAAUGGGAUUCCCGGCUGGCCAGCAAGCGUGGACAGGGGGCUCCUGCCUCUGGGGAGAACCCUGUUCAAAUCCCCAUUUGGCUUACCCGUCACUUGUCUUGGCUAA